UAUGGAACAGCCAACACAUGUCGUUCAUUUUGCGGCUGCGGGGAAUGUUGAUCAAUCCUUCUCGACUCCUAUAGAAUGCACGAACGCGAACGUUUUGGGAACCCAUACGCUUUUGGAAUGCCUACGCAUAUUAAAGACGGCUGAACUUUUUGUCUAUAUAUCAACGGAUGAGGUAUACGGUGAAACUCCAGAAGGUUCAAAUUCGGAGGGGACAAUGUUCUCUCCUACGAAUCCGUAUGCAGCAUCGAAGGCUGCAGCAGAGUGCUUGGUGAUGUCGUACGGAAAGUCGUACAACAUUCCGUACAUCAUUACGAGAGCCAAUAAUGUGUAUGGACCAUAUCAGUAUCCAGCACAAGUAAUACCAAAAUUUACAAUGCAGCUGCUGAAAAAGCAGAGGAUGCCGGUCCAUGGCAAUGGAAAUUCGGUUAGAAGGUUUGUACACGUUUUGGACAAAUGUCGAGCGAUUGAAACCAUCAUGCACAGAGGCAGUAUAGGAGGAACUUAUAAUAUCGGAACCGAAUUUGAGAUUUCAGUGAAACAAAUAGCUUCAAUUCUGCUUAAAAAAAUAGUUGGAAAAGACGAGCCUUUGGAAGACUGGAUAAGCUACGUUCCGGAUCGCCCUUAUAAUGACUGUCGAUAUUCGGUCAACUGUAGCAAAUUGCACGCGCUAGGAUGGAAAGCCUCCGUAUCAUUUGAAGACGGAAUAACUGAUCUGGUUCAGUGGUACAAAGAUCACCAAGACCAUUGUGCAUUCUUCUCCCCACUUUCGAUAUUAUCGCGAUUUACUGAAUAACCGUGCGCUUGUUGAUACGGUCACGGGAUUUACCAGGAUAGCUUGUCCAACUCGGAAAAACGAUGGCACAUUAAUGCACAGUGCUAAGGAGAUUGAUCUUAUGCUAUGUUCACCAACAGAAAGUUAUUCCUGUCUGCCAGCGGAAGAUGUGUGUUAUUCAUAUCACAGACUAUGCAGAACAGUUGCGUCCUACAAGUCUGUCAGCCCUAUCCAUAAAACGAUUAUGUUCCAGUUGCGGAAGCAUACACCGGAGUAAGUGUUCCAACAGCGUGUUGCUGCAGUUUCCGAAAAGUUGUGUGUAUGACGAGUCAGUCCCCAUAGAGGAUUUUAUAACGAAUUAUGUCAGUGAUUUGAACCAGAUCGUUGACGAAUGCUAUCCUUUAAGAUCUCGAAGGGUUCGCCUGGACGAUCCACCCUGGAAGAACAUGUCGUUAAGACACUUAAUAAAAAAAAAGAACCAAGCCUACCGCCUUCGAUGCCAAUUCCGUGGGCAACCAGAAUAUAUGCAGUAUAACGAUCACUUUCACGCUUUAAAAAAUCAAGUCCGCUUCGCCAUGGUCGAUGAAAAACGUAAAUUCUUCCGACUCAACUGAGAUGAAGGGAAAGUGAUUUGGCGCGAGCUUGGUAAAUUACUGCAGAAGAGAAAACAGACGGAAGAGCCAGCACUGGACCCAGAUGUGCUGAACGCAUACUUUGCAGCACAAGAACUGCAUGA